AGCUUUAACGGAACGAUUAGACGGAAUGAAAAGUGAGCUCAAUCAAUUAGAAAAGGUGAUGGAAGAAGCAGAGACGAACUCAGUGCAGCCCUCUGUUGUAGGAGUCAAAGAAACGACCAAUCCCCAGGGUAACAAAGUCAAGAACACGACACGCUCUUCAACUGUCCCUGCUACAUCCCCGUGGUCAACUAAGGAAGCCUUUCUGUCUACUGUGCUCCCACAAACUACAAAAGUCGAACAGAGUACAGUUACAGUACGUACCUGCCCAGUACCUGAAGCUCUAGACAACGGGAUUGUGGACACUACGACCGCACCUGACUUAGAGUUUGGUCAAACAAUCGAAUAUUCAUGCAAUGCUGGAUACGUUCUUCAAGGAUCAAACAUGGGAAAAUGCGGAGAAAAUGGAACCUGGGGGGAAGUGCCCACCUGCGUAGUCGAUCUUACUUGUGAUUUUGAGUCUUCAACCAACCCUACAUGCGGCUACAUGAGAUUUAAUGGAACAUUUGAAAGGACUAAGGACAUUACAGGUUAUGUUCUUGCUGGUAACGGUACAAUCAGAUCCUUACCCAAGGCUUUGGCUGGCAAUGAGGAACUAUGCAUGAGUGUCGACAUAAAAGGGACAUCUGAUGGAGAACUGGUGGCCAAGGCUCACAAUGGAACUGUAACGAAAGCAAUCUGGCCGUUUUCUGCCUCGACUACCUGGAAAACAGAGAAAUUCGUUUUAAAGAAAGCAAACUCUACAGAUACCGAGGUCCAACUUGUGCUUGACGCAUCCGGGAAUGUAGAGUUAGACAACAUAACAACUUCGAACUCUUCCGAAUGUUAUGGUCUAGCUACACCAUGUGCUAAGCGAAAUCUUGAGAAGGGAACAAUUUCUCCUGAGCAGGAAUUGUACAGUCAAGAUCAGGAGGUCAGUUACUCUUGCAACUAUGGUUACACUUUGGAAGGAAAACAGACGGGAACAUGCAAAGCUGACGGUUCAUGGUCCACAUCACCAGUGUGCAGUCCUAUACAAUGUGUAAAGCGAAUUCUUGAACAGGGAACAAUUUCUCCUGAGCAGGAAUUGUACAGUAAGCAUCAGGAGGUCAGUUACUCUUGCAGCAGUGGUUACACUUUGGAAGGGGGGCAGACGGGAACAUGCAAAGCUGACGGUUCAUGGUCCACAACACCAGUGUGCACUCCUAUACAAUGUGCAAAGCGAAAUCUUGAUAAGGGAACAAUUACUCCUGAGCAUGAAUUAUACAGUCAGGGUCAGGAAGUCAGUUACUCUUGCAGCAAUGGUUACAUUUUGGCUGGGGGGCAGACGGGAACAUGCAAAGCUGACGGUUCAUGGUCCACAACACCAGUGUGCGCUCCAGAAUGUGGAGUUGUCUAUAAUUCAAGAUGUAUUCGAGCGAUCGUUUACAAAGCACAGAACGUCACAUUAAGCGUCGCUGAAACUCUUUGCGAAAACAAACUGGCUAACAUUUAUGACGUCACACAUUACAACCGGGUUGUUGAUUAUUUACGACCAAUGAUUCCUGAUAGAAGGGAUUACAUUGUUGUUCGUACGGGAAUGACUUACAAGGGCGGUCAGCUGUAUUCAACGACGGGCCAAGCUAUGUCUCUACCAACUGAGGUUUGGUAUAGUGGGUAUCCGUAUUCCGAUGCAUCGUACACAACUGUUGUUGUUUAUGUCAAUCGAAACCCGGAGGAUCAAGGGAUUUUUAAUUAUUCUCCUUCCUAUGCAUAUCAGGGAGCCAUCUGUGAAAUUGAUUUAUAA